GAACUGUUUCCUUUUGGUAUUGAUCAGUGGCAUUACAAUUACAUCAUUGAGAAAAAAAUUUUAUAAUGGGAUAUAUUUCAUUUGUGUGAAUUCCUCCCAAGUUAGGCUCUCCGACCUUUCAACCAUCUCCUGCGCUUUGAAGUGUGACAUAUUAGUAUUUUGUGGAUUUUACGUUUCCAACCGAAGACGAUCCCCUCCCUUGUUUGCCUUUAUUUCAUUUACUUUCGCCAGAACUCGAAGGUACUGGUAUUCUUUGUUCGCAUUACUGCCAGUGUGCUUAAAACGCCUUGCACACGUCACAAAUCUACGAACGCUACAUUCUCCAUACUUCGCUCUAUCACGCCUACAACAUCGUGCAAGGAAAUCAAAUGAAUGUGUCACAUUAACUCCAUAUACUUAACCCUUUCUUUGAUUGUUUGAAAUGGCCUUUUUCUGCUGCGGAGGGGCCGAAAAGGACGAAGUUACCGUGGCAAACCGCCCUAAAGAUAAUAGAAACACUUCCGCCGGCAAACAAAAGGCAAACGAAGGCCCAGUCACGUCUUCCCCACCUAGAACACAACUGAGAACUCCAAAUCUAUCAGGUCUUUCUACGGGUGACGAGAAGCAGCGUGUUUUCGGGCCGGCUGAGGCUCGUGUCGUUGCGUCUAGCAUGAUCCCAGCGAUGCCCGACGGAACUUACGACCAAAAGUCAGGACCUCCCCCUGGUUAUCACGACGGAGCGCACCAUGAAAAUACUCAAGUUCCACCUGAUAACCCACCUCCUUACCACAACUGGGAAGAAGCUGUGCCAGAUACGGCAAUGUUUCCUCCUCCCCCGAUUGGAGGGUAUCUAUAUUCUAAUACGGGAAAUGCAUCAGAAGCGGAUGCUGAUCGAGCUCAUGACUUCUGUGAUAAUAUCCCGUUGUGGACACCAUGCAUGCCAUCAGAUGCGGUAUACAAUUCAGUUCAAAAUUUUGACCUCCGACCUGUUAGACCUCAAGAGUACAACGGGCAUCUAGAAGUUGUUGGCCAAGGGAUGUGGAGAGGACGCACUCAGGACCAGAAUGGAGACUGUAUUCUGUUGACGGGUUUACCAUUGUACUUUCCAGCAAAGGAUUCGCCGCUAAUCACAGAACGAACGAAGACGAUAUACUUCGAAGCGAAACUUCUUGCCCAGUACGAUGGAAUCAAGGGCCAAGUUGGUGGGUUUUCCAUCGGUUUUGCAGCUCAACCAUACCCCACAUGGCGAUCACCUGGAUGGGAACGGGGAAGCGUGGGCGUUUUCUCCGAUGAUGGCUGCAGAUUUGUGAACGAUUCAUGGGGUGGGAUGGAGUUUACUAGCGCAUUCAAAGUUGGGGAAACGGUUGGAUUAGGAAUGAAGUUCUCAUUACCGUCUCCAGAGUCGUUAACAAUAUCCCAAACCAAUGGGACACCCACAACUCUUCCGGUAGAGGUAUUCUUCACACGGGAUGGAAAAGUUGUAGGGAGCUGGGAUCUACAUGAGGAGGUCGAUGAGGAUGCUGGUGGAGUUAGGGGUCUAGAGGGCGAUUUUGAUCUCUAUGGUGCGCUUGGGUUAUUCGGGGGCGUCGAGUUCGAAGUAUGCUUUAAUCGUUCUGGGUGGUUGUGGGUUCCUCCGACUUCGUAGUCAUAUAUUCACUCUUUAUUUUUCUUCCUUUAUAUUUUUGUUUUCUUGUAUAUUCCAGCACCAUUGUUGAGAUGCGUGCAAAUAAAUAGGCGUAUACACAUAGGCAUUCCCAUCUCCUUCAAUGUCAGUAUUACCCACCAUUUUAGAAAA